AUGAAUUUUUUCCAUAAUAUACUAUUAGCUAGUUUAAUAUAUCAUUCACAAGUAUUGUCAACCCAUACCAAAACUCCUCAUAACACUGAAGAUAUCUAUGAUGGAGACCUUGGCAGACUGAAGUAUUUUAUCAAAGAAACUGCGCUUGCAUUUGUGGAUUGUGCCUUUGACAUAUCAUAUAAAUACUGUGAUUAUGACACAUUAAUCAAUUUUGAAUGUUUCAGAAACCUGGGUAAAUGUAUUCCGAAAGCUUUAGAGUCUUUUGAGAACAGUUCAAGCUCUGACCAGUCUGAUAAUUUUACUGAUGCUAACAGUGAAAGUGAAAAUAAAAGGGCUGAUGAAGAACUUUGA